UUUUUGGAGAGGGGGAGGGAUCAUACUGAUUAUGAAUAACCUCUCAUUUUAAGGAAAGUACUUAGCUAUCCCCCUUGCAAUUUAAUUGUAUGUGUGCAGGACGGGAUGAGUUAGUGCUGCGUUUCUGCGAAGAUGAAUAAGCGAAUCAUUUGCACAUUCGGCUCAGUGAAUCUUUUAGAGUCGGUACACUCCGAUUCACCCAGAAAGAGUGAAUCACAUCGCUGUCACGCAGUGCUCGAUCAGAGAGCCGCGCGCGUGCUGUGUAAUGUGCAGUAGAUAGACGAUGCGAACGCUAUAUGAAUACGAACUGAUAAAUCAAAUGCAUUUUGGAAUUGUCAUGUAGAAUGGCGAGGACGAUGCACUUUACCGUCCUUUCCUAAAACUAGGUGAAUGCAUCAAGGUUGUGCAACUCUCAGUGUCACUGCAGAUUGAGUUACAUUCUGAACAGUUUGAGAUGAAGCGCAGAACGUCCAAGGCCACUCAGCUGAGCUGUAUUUUUGCCUUGUGCAGUCACCCACCUAUUUGCCGAAUGAAAAUCCUGCUACUCUGCUUGUGCGCGUUGUUGGCAGUGACCCUCAGUCUGGGUUUAAUGCUGUCUGACCAUGAUGCAAGAAGAUCCGAAGACUUAUUACUCAGAGUUCCAGACCUUAAAAAUGAUAAGCUGACUCACAGACUGAGUAAGCCCACCGUGGCGCAGGUGAAGCGGCUGGUCUCCGAGGUGAAGUGGGCUCGGUUGUGGUAUACCCAUCUCAAGCCUAUCCUCAUAGAGCGACACCCAGGCUCUCCUGGUAGCCGUACUGUUCGAAGGCAUGUUUCGUCUGUGCUGGACUCUCUCUCAGCGGGGUGGUCAGUGCAGAUCGAUUCCUUCAACUCCAAAACCCCUCAUGGCCCAAUCAACUUCUCCAACAUCCUGGCGGUAUUGGACCCCAUGGCUCCACGCCGCCUGCUCCUAGCUUGCCAUUAUGACACAAAGAACAUACCUUUAGGGAAUCAUGAGAAAAAGCAGGUGUUUGUUGGUGCCAGUGACUCAGCUGUUCCUUGUGCUAUGAUGCUGGAGCUAGUCACUGCGCUGGACAGGCACCUAAAGAUGCUCAAACAGCAGAUGGCUCAGGUGACACUGCAGUUGGUCUUCUUUGAUGGGGCAGAGGCUUUUGAGGAGUGGACCACCUCCGACUCUCUGUACGGUUCCCGACAUCUUGCUGAACACAUGUCCCAUGUUCCACAUCCUCCAGGCUCUGAACACACAACCCUGCUGCAUGCUGUGGAUCUCUUCAUUCUCUUGGCUCUGAUCGGUGCCCCAAGUCCAACAUUUGUGAAUCAUUUUAAGAACAGUACUCGCUGGUUUGAUCGACUUGUAUUGGCAGAAAAGAGACUCCAUAAACUGGGCUUGCUGUCUUCCCACCCCAGUGAGCAGGCAUACUUCAGAAAGGAUAUAACUGUGGGGCCGGUAGAUGAUGACCAUAUGCCGUUCCUUCAGCAAGGGGUUCCAGUGCUAAACAUAAUUGCUACACCCUUCCCAUCAUAUCGGCAUACAGUGGAGGACAGUGCAGACAAAGUUCACAGUGACACAGUGGAGAACCUCAUCAAAGUGCUCGUGGUCUUUUUAGCAGAAUAUCUUGGAUUGUAGAUGAUAAUAACUCGACUGUGGACCUUCCACAUACCUCUCAGAAUCUACGCUAAAUCUGAAAAGCUGCCUUAUUGUUCAGUUUAAACCGAAGUACAGUAUAACCUAGUUCUUUGGACUUGUGUUAUGCUGAAUAAUAAGCUCAAGCUACCUUUCAAUAGCCUUAGAUUGUGUGUACAAAACACAGAAUGAAUGUACAUUAGCAUCACGUUUGUGGAGAGCUUACACUGCUUCUAACAAGAAUGCAAUAAUAAUCAAUAUAGAAGCCGUCCAGCAAUAUAUACACACCCAAUAAUGGCUGUUAACUUGU